CUUUAUUUGUGUGUCCUGGGGCCCCUUCAAAGAUCGCUUUCCUUGUGCGAGCACCGACGUUCGCGGCCCCGGCCAGCACGCCGACGGCGGGCGAGACCCUCGCCGCCGCGGCGCAGCUGCGCGGGGCCGCGGCGUUCAGGGCCACGCCCAGCAGCACGGGGGCGAUCACCACCUGCAGGUUGGAGGCGACCAUGCCGCCGGCGUCGAUCGGCGCCUCCGAAUGCGGGCUCCCAGCAGCAGUACUGCGAUGGCCGGCGUCGCCGCGAUGCAGACCACCGUGGUGGACAGGGUCAUCAGGACGCUGAGCGCCACGUCGCCCCCCGCGAUGAAGGUGAGCAGGUUGGAGGACUGCCCGCCCUGCAGCGCUCCCAGCCUUGCUGCCCCGAUACGCAGCACGCAAUACGUAGGGUAUUCAUACGGAGCUCAACGCGUAGACCGAAAACGUAGGUCUGACGCGAUGCGUUCGCCCAAACGUGGGCCAAUACGUUGAGCCAGCACGCAACGUGUUGACACGGACGUUUUGAACACGGUACGUGCUGCGUCCCAAAAUGGGCGCAUCAAGGCAGCUAAGCUCCCAGCAGCACGAGGCCCGCCAGAGUCGCGUCGCCCGCGCCGAUGAGCUUUGCCAGGGCCAGCGCCACCAGCGGCAUGGCCCCGAAGCAGAUCGUGGCGUUCAAUACCACGAGGUCCAGCCUGGAGGCGCACGCCCUGAAGUCGUCGACGGUCGUCGUGAGCGCCGCGCUGAAGACGAUCAGGAACAGGUUGCAGGCUAUCGCCCUGGCGUCGGCCCAGGCGAAGAGGGCCGGGGACCACAGCGCGAGCCCCGUCGCCAGGGUGCACCAGAGCGCCGAGAGGCUGCAGAAGCGCGACGCCCCGCGCGCGAGCCACCCGCCGCCGUCGCACCCCCCGGUGGCGCACCUGCACGAGACCCCCCCGAUCCUCGGCUGCGCCGCCGCCGCGGCGCGCCGCCUCGGAAACGCGCACCCCGCCUUGGCGGCGCGCACAGGGGGGUACGGCAAGAAGGGGGGUACGGCAAGGGAGGAAGCCUUCUUAGAAGGGGGCUGCUUCUAGAAGGCGUGCCGAGGCCAUACACGUAUAGAGAAACACAGGCGCCUUCUAA